CCGCGAAACGCAUAAUCUUUAUAUAAAAAGGACUCGUAAUUACAAGAGAGCGCGAAAUAACGAAAAAAAUGUUAAUAAUAAUAGCAUUUUGGCUGUUAGUUAUUUUAAUUUGUUUUUGGAUUUUAUUUGAUACUUUUCAUGUUUUAUGGGAAAUUAUUAUGCAAAUAUACAAUAAGAAGACAAUCGAUUUGCAAACAAAGUUCAGUGAAUGGGCAGUUGUCACUGGCUCAACUGACGGUAUUGGUAAAGCUUAUGCUAAAGAAUUAGCAGCAAGAAACAUGAAUCUAAUAUUAAUCAGUAGAAACUUAGAAAAAUUUAAACAUACAAAAGAUGAGAUGCUGUUAAUAAAUUCAAAAAUCCAGGUGAAAAUUCUUGCGGCGGAUUUCGCUGAAGGAAAAGAUGCUUUUACCAAAAUCCAUUCUCUUUUGCAAGAUAUUUCCGUUGGUAUAUUAGUGAACAAUGUGGGUAAGUUUUACGAGUAUCCCGAGUACGUCGGAGAGAUACUUGAGAAGGAACUGUGGGACAUUAUCAAUAUAAAGGGUGCUACUACGUUAAUGACGCGGUUAGUUAUCGGGCAGAUGCAAAAACGCAGACAAGGCACGAUUGUCAACGUCUCCUCCGCAAUUGAAUUUCAGCCGUUGAUGACUGUAUAUGCCGCUACGAAAGCGUAUGUGAAGAGUUUCUCCGAUGCUCUCAGGGCAGAAUAUUCCAAAUUCGGCGUAACUGUUCAACAUCUGUCGCCUCUUUUCGUCAAUACUAAAAUGAUAGCAUUUAGCUCUAAGCUUCAGAUUUCAAGUAUAUUUGUACUUGAUGCUACAACUUAUGCAAGAAAUGCUAUUGCUACUUUAGGCAAAAUGGAUAAUAAUACUGGUUAUUGGGCCCAUAGUAUUCAAAAGUUCAUCAUUCUAAUGAUACCAAUAUGGAUUAGAAUGAAAAUCGGACAAAUUAUGAAUGAAAGUUUCAGACAAAACUAUUUCAAGCAACAAAGACAAAAGACAUUGUAA